AAAAUAGUUUCAAUUGCAAAAUAAGAUGGCGCUUAGUGUGUUAUUCCGAGAAAAUGCCUGUCUCAUUAUCAUUUUGUGUUUAUGGAAUAUUUUCACCUUGCUUUAUUAAUUUUUUUUGGCCAUGAUAAAUUGGAGCAAAUUGGAGGUUAUAAAUGUAAUUUGUUGAUAAAAAAAUUAUAAACAAUAGUGUUAACACAUAUAAAAAACGAUAAUAAUGGAAAGAAAAAAACCAGAGGAUAAUCCUGAGGAUAAUUCAAUGACCAUGGAGGUACAAAAAGAUAUACUUCCUGGCUAUGCAACAUUUGACGACUAUUCCAAGGAUGCAUUUGCUGCAAUAAAAGCUGGAAUAAAAGCAGCAAAUAGUUUACCAACUGGUGAAAAUUUUAAUUUUUGGGCUUGCAUACCAAAAUUCAAUAAUGACAGAAAUAAAGAAAUGAAAAAUAUCAUGGAUACAAUGCAAAAAAUAAUAAAAUGUUCUGGUGCUGCUGGUAGUAUUUGUCAACGUGAUAAUGAUGAAAAAUUUGAUUUACUUGCUGAAACAAAUGACAUAUUUCUUGAUCGUGCAAAUAUAUGUAUGGACAUUCAAAAUUUAAUUGAUGGUGAAAAUGGUGAAAUAUUUAGUCAUCCAUAUGAAUUUGAACUUGAUAAAUUUAAUGUCAAUGAAAAAUAUCUUGUUAAAUGUAAACCAAUUAAAUAUAAAUCACUUGAUGAUACACCAAUGAUUAUGAUUGAAAAACAAAAUGAUUUAAAAAUAAUGCUCAAUGAUUUAUUGAGAUAUGAUGAAAUAGCAAUUGAUCUUGAGCAUCAUUCAUACAGAACAUAUCAAGGUAUAACUUGUCUAAUGCAAAUAUCAACAAGAGACACAGAUUAUUUAAUUGACACAUUGUCACUUCGUUCUGAGCUUCAUGUAUUAAAUGAAAUAUUUACAAAACCAACAGUAUUAAAAGUAUUUCAUGGUGCUGAUUGUGAUAUACAAUGGUUACAACGUGAUUUAUCAUUAUACAUUGUAAAUAUGUUUGAUACUCAUCAAGCAGCAAAACAUCUUAAUUUGCCAUAUUUAAGUUUAGCAUAUUUAUUAAAAACUCAUUGUAAUGUUGAUCCAAAUAAACAUUUUCAACUUGCUGAUUGGCGAAUGAGACCAUUACUAGAUGAAUUAAUGAAAUAUGCACGUGAAGAUACACAUUAUUUACUUUAUAUUAAAGAUAUAUUAAAUAAUCAAUUAAUUGAUUUUGCAAAUGGACAAACAAAUAUAUUAAAAGCUGUUUAUGAUAGAAGUACUGAAGUUUGUAAAAAAUUAUAUGAAAAACCAGUAUGUAAUGAUGAUAGUUUUAUGAGUUUAUAUAGAAAAAGUAGAAAAAUGUUUAAUACACGUCAACUUCAUGCUUUAAAAGAAAUAUUUAAUUGGCGUGAUAAAAUAGCAAGACAAGAAGAUGAUAGUACUGGUUAUGUAUUACCAAAUCAUAUGUUGUUAAAUAUUGCUGAAACAUUACCACGUGAAAUGCAAGGUAUAUUAGCAUGUUGUAAUCCAAUACCACCAUUGAUACGUCAACAUCAAUUGGCAUUACAUAAAAUUGUACUUGAAGCACGUGCAAAACCACUUAUAAAGCCAAUACUGGAACAAGACAUUAGACAAAGAUUAAAUCAAAGAAAUCAUACAAUGGAAGCUGGACAAGAAUCAGUAACAGUAUGGUCAUCUUGUGAUAUACCAAGUGGUGGUAUUGAAAUACAAGAAAAUUUACCAUGUUUAUUGGAUGAAGCAAAGAAUAAUGAGGAUUUAAAAAAAUUAGAUGUACAAAAAAUUGAUCAUGUGGUUACAAUAUUUGAUAGUCCAACAAAUUCAGAUAAUGAAGAUGAUUUAUCAUCAAAAAUAAAAUUACAAAAUGCUAGAAAAACAUUUGUAAGUCCAUUUGAACGUUAUAAACUUGUUAUACCAAUGGUUGCUGCACAAGAAGCUAAAGAUCGUGCAAUAAAAGAAAAACAACUUAAAGAAAAAGCUGAAGCUAUUAAAGCAUCAACAAAUCAAACAGCAGAUAGUAUCAAUAGAGUACGUGAACAUUUUAUUCAAGUUACACAAAAUACUAUGAAAACACCAGACAUUAAAAAUACAAAAGCUGAUAGAUUUAAUAAUUAUUCUAAAGAUUUAUCAACUUCAGUUAGUCCAAUGGUAAGUAAUAAUAACAAAAGAAAAAGACCAACUGAUUCUGUUGAUAGAUCAAAUAAUCCUAAAAAUAAUCAACAAACUCCUAAUGGAAAUAAAAAGAAAAAUUAUGGACAUAAAGCUAGUCCUGGUCUUAGACAAUUUUCUGAAACUGGACAAAGUCUUAAACAAUUGAAAGCUGAAAAUCGUAAAGAAUUACAACAAAAAGGAAUGCUACCACAAGCAACGUUUGAUUAUAAAUCAGUUGAUUUUAAUAGUUUUCAAGGUGGUAGUAGAAAAAAUCCUGAUAAAAUAGCUCCAUUUAAUCAACAAAAAUUCAAGGAUAAAAUUAAAAAAGGAAAAAAAAGGAAAAAGGAAAAAAUUGGAAUAUAA